AUGGCUAUCAAAGUAGUUGAUCUCACGGAGGCGGACAUCCCCGGUGCCAUCGAAGUCAUCCAGCAAGCAUUCGCCGACGAUCCAUACUUCAAGUGGGUCUUCGAUUCCUCCCAGUUCAACAAGCAAAGAAACUAUGACUCCCUAGCCGCGCGCUGCAAGUGGGGAAUCAACAACGCCAUCUUCCAAGUCGCCAAAGAGUCCGACAAUGGUCCUAUUCUAGGCGUUUCCUGCUGGAUAGCGCCCCACCCGGAAACCCAGCCUGAGAGCUGGUAUUCCUGGUUCCAGUCGUGGAGCCUGUCUUUCAGCCAGUUCCUCAAUAAUGUCCGAUACCUGGGUCGUGGGGGGUUGCGGACGAAUAGGUAUUGGAUUUGGAAGGAGAGACAGGCUGAAGCGCAGGCUGCUAUUUGGGAUGAUCCGCAGGGAUACUAUUUCUGUAAUAUUGUUGCUGUUAGUCCUGCGGCCCAGGGGAAGGGGAUUGGGAAAUUGUUGUUCGAGGCUGUGACGCAUAAGGCGGAUAAGGAGGGCGUGAAGUGUUAUCUGGAGAGUUCGAAGAGUGUCCCUAAUGUGGCGAUUUAUGAGCGCUUGGGCUUUGGGAUGAGGAAGGAGAUGGAGUGUCGGGAUGGAGAGGAUGCGUGCAUGGUAUGUUGGAUGAGUUGUGGGUGUUCGAUGCUCUUUGCUGACUGUUUUUAG